AUAAGUAAAAAUAAGAUAAUAAGCCGUUAUAUAUGUAUAAUUUAAUUACUCGAGAUUUUUUUUAGCUUAAGGAAGUACUUGUUGAAUUAGUAUUACCAAAUAUGGAGGGAAUUAACAAUAUCCAAAAAAAAUGAUUGUAUUUGAAUUGUAAAAAAGGGAAAAAUAAAAAAGAAAAGCAAAAUGAAGUGGCACAAGCGGGCACCCUUCGUCCAUUCCUAAAUGUAUAUAGUGUAUGAGUGAAGAGGACUGUAUUCCUCGUGAUCGGAGAAGGCAGAUCCCUGGAAGACUGUUCCCGUUAGUCACGUGGGUUCUUUUGACUACCACCCUCUCUUCAAUUACCCCUUCUUCUCUUUCUCUUACUAUAAAUACUCCUCUCUCUCCCCUCCCUUACCUUCAAUUCAAUUCAUUCCUCUCCUUCCUUCCUUCCAUUAUUAUUCACUUCCUUCACUUUACUCUUCUUCUUUUCCUACGUAUAUUAUAUUCCACCACAUUUAACCUACACUUCACCAUCCCCCCACUACCCGACAAAAAAUAUAUAUUCAUUUCAUCUCCUACAACUCCAAGUCAAGCUAGAUUGAUUAUAAAUUUAAUUUAAUUUAUAAAUAUGGUUGGUCCGUGUUCAUCUUGUGGUCCUUUUAAUCAGUACUGCGGCCACCACUCUGCCGCGUACUGGCCGAUGCAACAAUACCCUCAAUACAACACCACCAACAACGGUACUUGUUAUGAUGAUGAUGAUGAGCCUGAUUAUAUGUACUCUUCUUCAUCUUCGUCGUCAUCGUAUUCGUCUGUCGAUUGUACUCUCUCGCUUGGUACACCUUCCACUCGUAUGACUAAUGAACAAACUAAUAAACCUACUCCUCAUCGUAAUAGUGUGUCUUCUUUUUGCUGGGAUUUGCUUCAUCCUAAGCAGUCUUCUAGCUCUACUCCUAAGCCUAGCCGUAGUAGUAACAAUCAUGCUGCGGCUGCUAGUGCUGCCGCUGAUCCUCUUUUUGUUCGUCGUUGUGCUAAUUGUGACACCACCUCUACCCCUCUUUGGCGUAAUGGUCCUCGCGGUCCCAAGUCAUUAUGCAAUGCUUGUGGAAUAAGGUUCAAGAAGGAAGAAAGAAGGGCGGCAGCGGCCACAACCACGGUCGCAGCCGCCAACAACGGUCCAACUGCUGGAAUGAUGGACCCACACUAUUACAACGGGUCAUGGGCUCACCAAUACGGUCAAGGCACUCCACAGAAGAUGCAAUGUUACGGAGCUCCGAAUGAGUUCCGGUUUAUUGAGGAUGACCGCGGUUCGGAUUCGGGUAUUCAGUUCCUCUCUUGGCUAACUCAUGACAGACCUAGUGGUCUUGUUCAUGACUUCACCCGUUAAGUCGUAAUGAUUUCACAGUCAUUAAUUCCAAAAAAAAAAAAAAAAAAAAAUUUAUACUCCGUAGUAAGAAGUAAUGAAGAAGAAUGAUUUUGCCAAUGAUAUCGGAAAAGGAAGAGGACAUGCAAUGACGACGACGUUUCAUGGAACAAAUGAGUUUUUGUGGAGGUUCAUGAUGGUGAUGGUUAUGAUUCUCUUAGCUCAAUGGUCAGAGUCUUCAAUAACUCCCUUUUUCUUUUUUAUUUUAUUUUUUUUUAUAAAAAGAAAAAAAAAAAAAAAAAAAAAACAACCAACUUGUCGACGACUAGACUACUACCUUUAAAUUAAUUUUCCACUUUUUUAUUUUAUUUUAUUUAUAAUUUGUUCUUUUAGAGGCUAGAUAGAGUGCAAAUGGGAUAAUUCUAUGUUGUUAGCUAGAUCUUCACCUUAACUUUAAUUCUCUUUCUUUUUGGUUUUCCACUUUUGUCAGUAAGUUAGUAUAUAUUUUUAUAUUAUAAGUAAGUUAUAACCAACGAACCUUUUGUUAGUCUCAAUAUUGUGUAAGCUAUUAGAGCAUUUAGUACUAGUCUUUUUUACUGUAUGAUGAAAAUGAUAUAUGAUGAUCAUUAUAUGAAUCUCCUUUUCUUUUUUCGUUCUUUGACUUCACUUUUCUCUUUUUGUGUUCAAAUCUUAGGUUCCUCUCUAAUUGUGUCAUUGUGUCACGAGUCGAGUCAAAUACUACUAAAGCCAACUUGAUCAAUAGUAUGGAACAUGACGAAUCAUAAAAUAUAAUAUAUGAUCAUAGGAUUAAUUAUCGUCCUACAGAGUAAUUUUAAUAUAUAAUUAGCAAGUGGGUUAUCGGUAACAAAUCUUCCGCAACUACUAUACUAAGAAGAUGAGCUCGUGCGGCACAAUUACCGUGAAGCAGAAAGACAUUGAGAUCCCAAAUCAAUGUCGGAUUACUACUAAUUAUACUGAUUUUCUUAGAAUUAACAGCAGUCCAACUUUUUUGUAAGUUCAGUUCGUGAAUGCAUAUAUGACAUGAUAUGUGACUGUCUUUUGUCUCUUAA